AUGGCUCUGGGUCUGCUGCGCGUGCUGCUCUCCCUGAGUGUGUGCCUGGCGCGUGGAGGGGUCCUCACCGGUGACGCACGCCAGGUUGGAGCUCUCUCCGGUCGGAACUGUACCCUGAAGUGCACCGCGGAGCACAAAGCCGGCGUCCGGUACAGGACUGUGGUCUGGUAUAAGCUGGGAGGAGGCCAGCCGGAUCGGCAGAGUGGUCUUUUGCGCAAGGAUCUCCCCCACGGUGAGACCAGAAGAUACGCCGGCCUGGACCGGGAGAUGGAGCUGCUGGACGACUCCCACGGACUCUCGCUGACCAAUGUGACGUGCGCAGACGGCGGCCUGUACCUGUGCAAGCUGUGGGCCCCCGUGGGAGAGCAGAACCGGCAGGGGCAGGUCCUGCUCACUCUGACAGAUUGUCCAGUUGAGCCCACAAAAACUCCUGAUGCCGCCAGAGAUUAUCUCAUCGGCCCAACAGAUUUGCCAGUCGCCCCCACAGAAGAUGUGAUGACCAAUGACCUCGUUAUUUGUGCCACUGUUUUGAUAAUGGUGGCACUAAUUAUACUUUCCGUUAUCCAUUGCUGCUUCAAUACCACUUUUAAAGACAGAAAACAGAAACUGAAAAAGGACAUUUUAUUGGAUGCACCAGUCAAAGAGCUUCAGAAGAAGGACUUAAUGUUGAUCUACACUUUGGGUCCGAAACCAUCCACUAUGAAGCACAUCUGUGUGUGAAGUACACUCCUUUUUGGACUCAAACUCGAGUGGUUUGGGGAGUGUAAUCCAGAAUGGGGGUUUGCACAGUGGUACGAAGGAUGCCACCGUCCCCUCGCAGCAUAGGGUUGACGGUUUGAAUCCCGGUCGGGGGCUUUAAUGUGUGGGGUUAGCAGUUCUCCCUGUGCAUGAGUGGCUUCUCCACGUUCCCCCAAUACUGAAACAUGAAUUGGCAACUCUAAAUUGACCCGUAGGGGUGAGUCUGAGCAU